AUGUCAGACUCCAACCAUCGGGCGACGAAUGACGCUCGUCAGGAUGGACGUCAAGCGGGCGAGCGAGAGGCUCGACAAGGUCCCACUGCCCUUCUUGCAGAGCUGGCUCCUCGUCUGAUGACCCGUCGCAUCAUCAACUCGCCCUCGUUCAACGCUGCUCUGCCUAACAACUCGGCGGGAGCGAGCUCGGCCAUGGCUUCUGCUGCCUCUCAAUCGGCUGCCCUCACUCUCCGAACGGGUCAGACAGUCGCAAAUUCACUGGCACGACUGAACAUGUCCGGCAAGAAAGCUGCAAAGUAUGCUUAUGCCUCCAAUUCGACCGAACUGCGCAUCCUCGAGGGAGUAGACGAGCUCUUAGCGCUACCCAUCCCACCAGCACCUGCCGCAGUUCCUUCUGUCUCGGCGGGGUACGUCAGCCUCCUGCGUGGCUUUCAAGCUACCCAGCCAUCGGCCUCUGUACCGCGAAUGAGGCGGAGGAAGAGGCGAGCAGGCCUGAUCGAGUACCAGCUCGGUCUGUCCCAACCCGACGCGUCGCAAUCCUCUCUGGGCUUGAAGCAGCGCGGCGAAAGGGCGAGAGGUCUGCUGGCCGCGCCAGACGGCGAGACGAGCUUUGACGGCUCGCCUUCUUCGCGGGGAGCGGGCCAUCAUCGACGGAGCCAGCAGCGUCAUCUUCGCGCUGCAAGCAGGGGCAACUUGCCAGAUGCGAAUCUGCCUCGUCCUUCGCGAGAGGAGCUCGAAGCAGAGGUGGAGGAGAUCCUAGCAGACAAGGAGAACGUCGACGUCAGACGGUCCUUGCUGACGCACGAAAUUGACGAGGUGGAGCGGAAAAUCGCGAGUCUUGAUCAAGUAAGGCAAGAUUUGAGAAGAGGCCUGCUCGGAUUACGAGAAGAGCAGCUAGAGCUCGACGAUGAGCUCGAAGGGCUACGGGAGCGCUUAGCUCAGGAAACACUGUCGCCUACAGCGAACGGCAGAUCGCUGAAUGCGCCCGCGUCCUCAAGGCGGCGAAAAGGGCCUGCCUUCUUGCCGUCUGAGCACGAUGAGCUGCCGCCCAACGUGGCGUUUAUGACACUGGCUGGACACCACGGUGCAAUUACCGCCCUAGACUUCUCGGAACCAUACGGCACGCUCGUGACUGCUUCCGCCGACGAAACCGUCAAGCUAUGGGAUCUGACUACAGGCGAAGAAUACGGCUCCCUUUCGGGAGGUCACUCUGGCGUGGUGAAAGCGCUUCAGGUCGAAUCCAAUCUCUGCGUCUCGGGAAGCAAGGAUGGCCGUGUUUGCAUCUGGGAUCUUGACAGAAUCGAAGAGGUCGCAGAGGGCGGAUUCCCCAAAAGCUCCAGCAUCCCAUUCGGCAAUGGUGGUAUGGAUGGAGAUCAUUCGUUUGAAGAUGCAAUAGAGAGUCAGAAAGAAGCGGGCGGAGGCUUAGUCAAGGUUCUCGAUGGUCAUACGAAAGACGUCACAUCGCUCUACUUUGAUGGCGGAUGUUUAGUGACGGGCAGCUCAGAUAAGACUUUGAGACAAUGGGACAUGAAAACAGGACAAUGUGUACUCACCAUGGACAUCCUCUGGGCAAUCUCCAAUCCAGACGCUUCACAGUCGCUCUCUGCGUCUCCGCCUGCCAGUCCUCCCCAAUCGGACACAAGCUCUUUCCCCUCGAUGACGCCUGGUCACUCGCCGUAUACGAGUCCAUACACCAGUCCUGCCAAACCAGGCCUCUCUCGGCCAGGCCUCUCUUCAAGCUAUCAACGCAAGAGCAGUUAUGCACAAUCGUUCGCAGCGGCCAUACCGCCCAUGUCAGACGGUUCAUGGGAUCUCUACCAAGACUUUGUCGGCGCUUGCCAGUUCUGGGGCGUUGCCCUGGCUUCAGGCAGCGCGGACGGCUGCGUGCGCAUGUGGGACAUGCGAACGGGACAAGCUCAUAGGACGCUCGUCGGUCAUACAGCGCCCGUGACCAGCCUUCAGUUUGACGAAUUGCAUCUGAUCAGCGGCAGUCUCGACAAGACGGUGCGCGUCUGGGACUUGCGUACUGGCGCGGUUGCAGAGACGCUUCGCUACGAUCAUGCCGUCUCUGCGCUUCAGUUUGAUACGCGCAAGAUUGUCGUCGCAGCGGGCGAGAACGCUAUCAAAGUGUACAAUCGCACGACGCUACAGCAGACUUCCUUGCUCGUCAACGGCCAUACAUCGCCCGCCGAGCGUUUGCGCUUUAUGGACAGGUAUCUCGCCACAGGUUCACGCGAUGCUACAGUCAAAGUCUGGUCACUCGGUUAG